CGCGUCUUCUAGGGUUUUGCAGAGCGAGAAAGAAAACAGUAGAGAAGAGGGUAGUGACGUCAUGAGCAGAAGCUUGGGAAUUCCGGUGAAGCUGCUUCACGAGGCGUCAGGGCACAUCGUGACGGUGGAGCUCAAGAGCGGCGAGCUUUACAGAGGCAGCAUGGUCGAGUGCGAGGACAACUGGAACUGCCAGCUCGAGAGCAUCACCUACACCGCUAAGGACGGAAAGGUUUCACAGCUUGAGCAUGUUUUCAUUCGAGGGAGCAAAGUGAGGUUUAUGGUCAUCCCAGACAUGCUGAAGAAUGCUCCAAUGUUUAAACGUCUAGAUGCUAGAAUCAAGGGUAAGGGUGCUUCAGUUGGAGUUGGCCGAGGUAGAGCUGUUGCAAUGCGGGCCAAAGCUCAAGCUGCUGGUCGCGGAACAACUGGUAGGGGAGCUGUGCCACCGGUACGGAGGUAAUCAACCCUCCCUGCACCACACCUUUGCAGAGUCACUUCAAUAUGCCUAUAUGAUUGGUGUAAAAGAAUAGGCUUCUUUGUUUGGGAGAGUGAAGAAUCUGAGAAUGAAUUGUAUGGUCCACAUGCUGAUCUCUUUAUGUAUGCAUGUUUUGGAUGCCGAAUCUUCUUUUGACUCUGUACUAUGUAGUUUCUAUUGUUAAUGUUAAUGUAAUAGCGAGAUUUUAUCAGUGUCUAUAGUUCUUGAUCUUGCUCUUUAUGGUCAUUCGUCCUGCUCUCUUUUAAGAGCUUUAUGCUCUUCAGGCUUUAUAAUCUUUAAGCUCUC